AUGCUUGUGGUGGGACUCACAGGCGGCAUUGGCUGCGGUAAGUCAACUGUUUCAACGAAACUGAGCAAAGAUUUCAAGAUUCCCGUAAUUGAUGCAGAUAAGAUCGCAAGGCAAGUUGUUCAGCCCGGCGAGAAAGCCUAUGAGGCAAUAGUGCUUCAUUUUAGAGGCAAAAUCCCCGAGCUGAUCGACUCAACCAACGGAAAUCUUAAUCGAGCUGCUUUAGGACAGUGGGCGUUUAGUCACCCAGAAGAUUUGAAGCAACUCAACAGAAUAACACACCCCGCGAUCCGCUAUGAAAUUUUCAAACAAAUUAUUACAUGUUAUUUAAAGGGAUAUAAGAUGUGCAUCUUGGAUGUGCCUUUACUUUUCGAGAGUAGCCUCGACACUUUCUGUGGCGUAUCCAUUAGCGUGGUCUGCGAUGAGGAAACGCAGAUCCGUCGACUUACGCAAAGAAACCCAACGAUGUCCACGGAAGAAGCGAAGAAUAGGAUUAAGUCUCAAAUGCAAAUAGGUGAGAGAAUCGCAAGGUCGGAUUAUGUGAUUGAAAAUAAUUUAGACCUUCCAGCCCUUUAUGCUCAAGUCGAGAAUGUUGUUCACCAGAUCAAACCUAAUUUCGCGCGAUACGCAUUAGAAUAUUUCCCCCCCUUUGGGUGCGUCAGCGCUGCUGCCGUAAUCCUGAUUAAAAGUUUCCGGAAAAGAGCUAUGGGCGACCGACAGAUAAAAUCAUCAAAUAAUUGA